AUGGUGAAGAAUAAUUCAGACGAUGAAGGUGUGGACGUCGGCACAGUAAUGGAGGUUGGUGUUGGUGAAGAUGGCAAGGUAGAAGACGAGGGCGGCGGAGAAGAAUUUCUUUACGGAGAACAAUGUAUUGGGGAAAAUGGUAUCAGUCUUUGGAGAUCCGAUUCAGAGGUUGGAAACGCCACCGCUGCAGGACCGCGACUUCGCCACCACCUCGCCGCCACCUCUUCUUGCCUCGCCAAUGCCACCGCUGCCACCGCUGUAGGACGCCCUUGCCGCUACUCGCCACCACCUCACCGCGACCUCGCCGCAGCCUCACUACGGUCUCGCUGCGGCCUCGUCGCGUUCUCGCUACCUCCUCCGGCCCUCAAUGACGAUGCCUCCGCCGUUUCUCCUCCUCCUCUGUCGCGCCGUUCGUCCCCGUCAUCCGCUUCCUCCCCCGCCACCUCAAUCGAUGCUUCCUCUGUCGUUUGUCCUCCUCCUCUGUCGCGUCGUUCGUCCCCGCGCCGUUCGCUUCCUCCCCCGCCACCUCAAUCGACUCUUCCUCCGCCGUUUCUCCUCCUCCUCUGUCGCGUCGUUCGUCCCCCCCUAUUCGUCACGCGCCGCUCUUCCUCCGCCACCGCCGACUGCAGGGUCUGCCUCUCCAAGUUCCGCCACCAGAUUUGGGGUUGGCAAUGGUAA